ACUUUGGAGUUUGACCCCACAAGCCCUGAUAGUGAGAAUGGCACAGACUUCACACCAGAGGAGAGAGGGACUGAAACCGUAACUAGGGCGAAUUAGUUUAACUAUCCCCCUUACACAUUUUUCUUCUCAUUCCUUGUGAAACUGUUAACAGCUUCACUGGCAAUUCCUGGUUCCCUGGCAAUAUUUAAGCUGCCCUGUGGGCUGGCAGGCGGUUGGUCGGUGGUGCCUAGUGCAAGUGAACAGAAUGGGACCCAGCUGAACAUGGUAAGUUCCUUUUCAGUGUCUUGCUUGAGUCUGGGAUGGUCGCAGUUAGUAGGUGGGUUCAGUUCUGGUUGUGGACUCAGUUUUAUCCCGUCCACGUCUGUAGGGUUUUUAGCAGGUGAAAGGAAUUAGGAAUGUUUAAAAAUCCUAUUUAAGAAGCAACAGAAGUGAUACAAUCCCGGCGGGUUACAAGACACCCAUAUGGGCUGCCCUCUCUCCCAGGCCAUCGAUAAAGGGUUGGCUUCAACCGAUUCAUUUCAAUGCCACAGAUGUUCUUUGCUCACAAUCCCUGACUAGCGAAGCACUGCAGCUCAUGCCAAGGGAACUACGGGAGACUCGGUUGUGAUCUGAAUUAGCAAAACAGUCAAACUUUCCACUAGCUCAAGGCGCACAUAGAAUUUGAAAUCAGAUGCAUCAGAGUUUACUAACCUUCUCCCUGCCCCCAGGCAGGCUGUCCUAUGGGGGAUCCUAUGGAAAGACCAGUAAGCAAAUACCUACCACAGGAUCUAAAUUCCCCUUGGCAUUCCCCUUGGAGUAUAUGUAUAUCUUCACUUCCUUUCUUUACUGCUGUGAAGUACCACUGCAGCGUUGGCUGUGUGCUACAAACAGCUGCAUUUGGGGGUGAAGCAACUCCUGUACAAAAAGCCAUAAUUCCUGCAUCGUGCUAAGCAUGUGCAGCUCACAGUGGGUGCUCGGCAUCACUUGGGAUUUCGGCCAUUCUGUGGUAAAUGCUUUACAUGAAAGGGGCUAUAGACAUGUCAGGCAGAAGUAGCAGUAAGUAGGAUGUGUUAAAACGCUGGCGAUUGAAAGCAGGUAAGAGACCAUCGCUCCCUUGGGAGUGGUGCUCACCCUUCAACUCUCCUCCAGCUGCAUGAACCAAAUGCGGCUACUCCUGAAGCACGAUAGGCCGGAGGACUGAGCCCAACAAGGGGCACUGGCUAGAGCCGGCACCUUUGAAUAUUUGGCUAACGGGAUGAAACCACUCCAUUGUGCAGCCACAGGGCCCACUCCGGUGCCGCUGCAACAUUGCCCCAGUGUGUGAGGAUGUUGGACAAGCUGUGGAGAAUCCACACUCAGUUCUUUCACUCAUCCAGGCAUGAGAGACUAGCCACGCCAGAGACAGGCAUGGCUGGGGACAAUUCCAGGCAAUUCUUUAGGGAGAAGGUAAUGCUUGGGACUGGUAGUUGCUGACUGGUCCCCUGGAGAGGCUGCUUUGUUUCCUUGUACCGGUAAGUGGGCGAGGCCAGUGGCCGUGGCGAAACUGACACCCACGGACAAGGAGCUCUUUUGGCUCUCACCUCCUCAGGGCUUUCUGAGGCAGAACUUGUUUGUCUGCUCCUCACUUCCACAGCACCAGGCAAUAAGAGCCUCUUUGUCAGAGGAGCUGAGCGCUGGGCCAGAGCACACGCUCCGGGGCCUUUUGGGUGAGACAACCCACCUCUCCCGCUGGGGGUGUCGGUUUUUCCCCACACCCAGGCGGCAUCGUACGGUGCCCCAUUUUGGGCACAAGAGGCCAAAGGCUCCAGCCUGCGAGUGACGAGGGAGCGAGGAGCAGCAAAGGCUGGAUCUGGCCAUCCUGGAAAGGACCGCCCUGCAGUCCAGCUUCCUGACCCGUUCGAAGGGCGCAGAGCGAGCCCCGAAGAAGGGACGCUCUGUCCCCAUUCAGAGAACCAGCUGCGGGGAAAGGAAAGAUAAAUGCAUCAAGAAAGAGAGGAACUGAAACCGUAUGAGAUGCAAUGGAGACCCUUGGUAGCACUCCGCCCUCUGUCACUCCCAACUGGAACACAUUUCCCCAACAGAACUUGGAGGCUGUGGACAUUGUUGUUCUUGUUCUGUACUUUGUAUUCGUCCUGGCGGUUGGAUUGUGGUCCAUGUGGAAGACAAAACGAAGCACGGUGAAGGGUUAUUUCCUGGCUGGAGGAAAGAUGGUUUGGUGGCCUGUGGGUGCGUCCCUGUUUGCUAGUAAUGUUGGGAGUGGGCAUUUCAUAGGCCUGGCUGGAUCAGGGGCAGCGUCGGGAAUCGCUGCUACGGCGUAUGAGUGGAACGGAAUGUUUUGUGUUUUGGUGCUGGCCUGGCUAUUUCUUCCUAUUUACAUAGCAGCUGGGGUUACAACCAUGCCUGAGUACUUACAGAAACGCUUUGGUGGCAAAAGAAUACAGAUCUUCCUGGCAAUUCUCUAUUUGUUUAUCUAUAUAUUCACCAAAAUAUCAGUUGAUAUGUAUGCUGGGGCCCUGUUCAUUCAGCAAGCCUUACGCUGGGACCUCUACGUUGCUGUCAUAGGUCUGCUGGCAAUCACUGCUGUUUACACUGUUGCAGGUGGUCUGGCAGCUGUGAUCUACACAGACACUCUGCAGACUGUCAUCAUGCUGGCUGGGGGAUUGACUCUUAUGGGGUUCAGCUUUGUUAAAAUUGGUGGGCUUGAAAGUUUGCAGGCCAAAUACUUUAAAGCCAUUGCUAGUAGCCACAAAGGAAACAGUAGCUGUGGCUUACCAAGAGAAGAUGCCUUCCACAUUUUCCGAGACCCUGUCACCUCUGACCUUCCCUGGCCAGGAGUUCUGAUUGGAAUGACCAUCCCAUCUCUGUGGUACUGGUGUACAGAUCAGGUCAUUGUUCAAAGGUCCCUUGCAGCUAAAAACCUCUGUCAUGCCAAAGGAGGUUCGUUGUUGGCCUCCUAUCUGAAAAUUUUGCCUCUCUUCAUGAUGGUGAUGCCAGGCAUGAUCAGCCGGGUUCUCUUCCCAGAUCUGGUGGCUUGUGCAGACCCAGAAAUCUGUCGGAAAAUCUGUGGCAACCCAUCUGGCUGUUCUGAUAUUGCUUACCCCAAACUGGUCAUAGAACUGCUGCCUCUAGGGCUCAGGGGCCUCAUGAUGUCAGUGAUGAUUUCAGCACUUAUGUCCUCCCUGACUUCCAUCUUUAACAGCUCCAGCACCAUAUUCACCAUGGAUCUCUGGCAGCACUUCCGGCCCCGUUCUUCUGAGUGGGAACUUAUGCUUGUCGGCAGGGUGUUUGUGCUGCUGCUCGUGGUGGUGUCUAUUCUGUGGAUCCCACUGGUUCAGGCCAGCCAAGGGGGGCAGCUAUUCAUUUAUAUCCAGACAAUCAGCUCCUACCUACAGCCCCCGGUGGCCAUGGUUUUCAUCCUGGGCUGUUUCUGGAAGAGAACGAAUGAAAAGGGUGCGUUCUGGGGCCUGCUGACCGGCAUGCUGCUGGGCUUCAUCAGGCUGGUGCUGGACUUUAUCUACCUGCAGCCCCAAUGCGGGGAGCCAGACCGCCGGCCGGCCGUGGUGAGAUAUGUGCACUACCUGUACUUCUCCAUGAUCCUCAGUGUCAUCACGACAGUCACUGUGGUGGUCGUGAGCCUGCUCACAGAACCUCCCUCGGAAGAAAUGAUCAGUCGUCUCACCUGGUUCACACGCUGGGAUCGACCAGCCAAGAAACACCCAGCAGUCAGUACUUCUCCUGAUAGUGGAAGUGGCGUAUGUAAGUCUGAGUGUCCGCCUGCCCAGCUCGAUAUUAGCGUUGUUCCUGAAAAUAUUUCCAAUGACAAUACAAGCGUGACUGGUACUCAGAAAGGGUCUAAACUGAUGAGAGUCGUCUUGUGGCUCUGUGGGAUGGAGAGCAAACAAGACCAUCCUCCUGAGAACACAGCCCCUACCAGCCCUGAACGUGCUGUGGCUUCAUUGGAUGAGCAGCCUUUGGUGAAACACAUUCUGAACAUCAACUUGAUACUGUGCAUAUGUGCCGGCAUCUUCCUCUGGGGCUACUUUGCAUAGCAGCUUGCCAGAUGAUUCAAGGGACACCGUCAGCUAAUCUUAGGCCCCCCAAUUAAGAUUGGUGUAAAUAAUAAUAAUAUAAUCAAUGAUGGUUCAGUGCGAUUUGUAAUCCAUUCUUACAUUUCAUAGGAAAAAAAUGUGAGUAUUUUAGUUACACUUAACGAAGGGCUCGCUCCUGAGUUUCUCUACCUUCGGCUCACACCAGUGAGAUCAGGCCCCAGGCAGCAAUAGGCUAUCCAUGUGUAAGGGGUGGGGGGAGGUUUGGAAGGCAGAAGGGGUUUGUUUGGUUGUUUCACAUCUUGAUAGUUUUGCACUUAAGCACUCGGGACUCAGGAUAUCUGCCUGACCUGUGUAAAGCAUUUAAUUUCUCUGUGCCUUAACUCUCCCAUCUGUAAGAAUGGGUAAUAAUCCUUCCCCACCUCCAAGCGGUGCCAUGAGGAUCAAUAUUUAUGUUUGCAAGGUACAUAGAUACUGUAGUGAUGGGGACUGUAUAGGCAUAUAGAGAUACUAUAUCCAUUAAGGAAAACAAAACAUUACACCAAAAUGUAUGUACAUGGAUGAAUGUGUAUGUGCCUAUGUUGUACAGCUCAUAGGUUCCAUUGGCUUUUCUGUACUACAGUUGGCACUAAAAUUAAUAUAGAUUUUUUUAAAAUUGUUUGCAUACAUUUUAAAAAAGUCAAUGAGUUUCUUAGCAUGGGAAGUUAAAUCUUCUGCAGGGCUGUAAAUCCAAACACAACGCUGAGGGUAGUGCAUGUAGACUAGAAAAUGAAACUGACAAUUUCACUGGCAAAUGUGAGCGUAUGGCUCACAAAGUAAAACAGCAUCGGUGUUGAAGAGUAUAUGAGGCUGCUUAAAUCUUUUCAGAUAAUAAUGUCGGGGUUGUUGGUAACGCGCAUACAGAGAGAUUAUCAUACGUGUAUAGAAGAUUUUGACAGUCUCUCUUUAGGUUUCUUUUUAAAUAAAUUAGGUAUUAUUACAACCAGAGUAUUUUAUGAGCAAUGUAAUGUACUGUCCUUUUAAAAAUCCCUUGCCAGUGUUAAUAAAAACGUAUUUAUUAUUCUCA